AUGGCCAUACCGCCACCACCGGGACCACCGCCACCACCUGGACCGCCGCCGCCUGCAAUGGGCGGCCUCAAACUGGGCGGCGGCGGCGGCGGAGCUGAUCCACGCUCCGCUUUGCUCAAUUCCAUACAGAAAGGCACAAAGCUGCGCAAGACGCAAACUGUGGACAAGAGUGGACCAGCGCUGUCGGGACGCGUAUGCGAUGGCAGCAGCGAUGCCAGCGCCACGCCCUCCGCCAAGCGCACGCUGAACAACAACAACAACAGCAGCAGCAACAAUAACAACAGCAACAUUGGCAAUGGAGCACCCAAGCUGGGCGGCCUCUUCGAAGGUCUCUCCCAAAUGCCCAAGCUAAAGCCAGUGAAUGGACUGCGUGCAACAGCAGCAGCAGCGCCAACAACAGCAACAACGAACUCAACGCGUAGCAAUAGCCCCCCCACCGCCAAUGUCGCUGCCGCCGCCGCCGCCGCCAAUGGACCCAUGGACUUUAACAGCGAACUCACUAAGCAUUUAACAUUGAAGCGCCAAAAACAGCAGCAGCAGCAACAAUCGACAACAACAACAACAACAGCAACAAGCAACAACACACAUAUCAAUGCAACUGAAGCUAAUUUGAGAACAAAUCGCGGACCACCACCGCAACCGCCAAAGCAGAACUCCAACGAUUUCAUAUUGGAUCGCAUGAACAUACCGCGCACACCGGCGACGCCGCCCACAACGAGCAGCGUCAAUGCCAAUGGCAAUGCCAAAGCCAAAACCGGCUCGCCCACGCUCUCGGAGAGCAGCAGCAGCGGCGGCGGCAGCGUUAAAAGCAAAGCAGCCAAUCUUAGUAUAUCGUUAGGCAGUAAUUUUGUAAAUAGUUCAAUUACAAAAACAACAACAACAACGACAACAAGUGCAACAGCAGCAGCAACUACAACAAGCAUAAAUCGCACAACUUCAACGGGAACGCUGCGCAAUUUGGCGCCAAAUAAGUCAACGUUGUUUGGUGGUAGUGCUGUUGGUAAUGGUGUUGGCAAUAGUAACUCCCCCACACCCGCAUCCGCAUCCACAUCAAUCGCACAACAACAACAACUGAAGCCUGCCAUUGGCCAUGGCAAGCCAAACUUUGCGCCAAAGCCGCCGGGCCUGCAACAAAUGGCGCUUGCCAAUGGACACCAACGUCCAGUUGUAGCUCGCCACCACAGCAUGAAGUCACCCAGAUCUCCGCCAGCUGCAGGCGCUGUCAACGGUCCCGUCUUUCCCACGCAACAACAUUUUGGCACAAUGCGCGCGCCACUGCAGCAGCCGCUGCUGCUGCAAUCCAGCGACAACAUCAGCGGCAGCACCAACAGCAUCUCGGGCAGCAUGCGCUGCGCCCCCAACCCGCCAAAGUCACGUCCCUCAGUGAAGCCACCGCCGCCUCCGACGCCAGCGCGCAGCAUUAGCAACAGCAAUUUGAGCAGCGCUGCGGCGCCAUUUAGUGCGGUCAACACCACUUUGGUGCAGAGUGUAAUGAACAGUCAGGCGUCAUCGCCAUCGCCACCACCAGCACAGCCGCCGCCAUCGAACUCCAGCAGCAGCAGCAGCGUGGCCGCUCUGCGAGAUCAGUUCCGCGUAGGCGGCGCUGCAACGCCGCCAACACCGCCAGCCAGCGCACAGGCGGCCAAGUCGACACAUUUGCGGGAAAAGGUUAAUCCCAUUAUAUUGAAUGGUGGACCAAUCAAUCCGCUGCCAUUGCCGCCGCAUCGCAGCUGCCCGCCGCCACCGCCGCCGCAGCGACAGUCGAGCAAUCCUGGCAGCAAUCAGCAGCAGCAACAGCAGGCGCCUGUGCCGCCCCAGCGCCACUCCUCGAUACGAGCGAAUACGCCAUUGACGCCGCCUACGCAUUUGGCAAAUGCGACGCACAAUUUUGGCAGCAGCGGAGUACUGUCCAGCUCAACGGCUUCAACGGGCGCUUCAGUGGGUCGACUGGUCAUUGAUUUGGAGGCCAAGUUUGGCAAACGAUUUCAUAAUGUAACCGAGUUUCCCAAGCCGCCGCCGUAUCUAAGUAUACAAAAAGUCUAUCCUAGUCUAUCCACGCUUAAAGCAACCAAUGCAGCAGCAACAAAUGUGACGCCAAGCAGCAACAUAAAUAACAACAAUAACAGCAGCAGCAGCAGCAGCAACAACAACAGCACUGCUGCUUGCAACAACAAUGCAAGUGCCACGCCUGUGCUGAAGCCCGCCUAUGCGCCACUCAAAAAGCAUCGCGCACCACCGCCUCCGCAAGCGGGCGUAGCCGCCGCCGCCGUGUCUGUCAUAAGGCAGUCGAGCUUUCUUUAUGGUGGCAACAAUGCCACAGCUGGCGCUGGCGCUGCAGUGCGUCCGCAGUCGCAGCCGGCGCAAAGCGUGCCACGCAAUUCGACGGUCUAUUAAGUCGGCCAAACGUAUCGUUUAUGCUUUGUAUAUAACUCUAUAACUAUAUGUGUGUAACUAUUUGUUGUUGUGUGCCCGCGACGUCGUCAAUAUGUUUGUAAAUCGAAAUUGUUAAGUGUGUCUAUGUAAAAAUUGCAUUAUAAAAUAUACUAAAAGAAAAUUAUCAACUAAGAGAACUAAAGCCUUGGCACAUUUUGCACUAACGUUGUUGCCCAUUGUAAGAGCUUAAGUUAGUUUGAGGCAGCUUGAAAAGCUAUUGAGAGUAUGAGAGAGCAUCGGCGUCUUCCCAAGCACACACAGCCCAGAGAGCACACAAGCAAAUUGCAAUAAAAAGUUUAUAUUUAUAUAUCUAGUUGUAUUAACUCUGUAUAUAUCAAGUAACUAGCUGCAUUUUUGAGUUAUUUUAGACCAAAGUUAGUCAAUUUAGCCAAGUGAAAGACACACACACACAAAAUAUCCUUUUAUAUAUGCGCGCCCAUUUAGCAGCGUUUAUCUAUCUUACUAGACUGAGCAAGAAAUGUUACAAUUCCCCAAAUAAAGCCCCUUAUUAAAUAUAUUAAUGUAAAAUUAUAGUUAACUAAGCUGCUACUAACAAAAGCAAAAGCACAAACACUUGCAGUAUAAUUCCAACGAAUUCAACACAUUCAAAAAUUUGAACAUUAUAUUUUUUGUAAUGCUAUUCGAACUAACCCGUUGAAUAUUAUAUAAAUUGGAAAGUUAUUCGUUGAACAAACAAAACAGAAAAGGGCAAUAUU